UAUGGUUUGGUUAUUCUCUGUUUAAAAGAGCUAUAAUGCAAAUCGUAAUUUUAUUACCCCAUGUUUUGUUAAUCAUGAAGCGAAUUAUAAUUCGCCCUAUAUUUUGUGUUAAAAAAAUUUUAUUUUGCGAAAGAGUUGACCAAUUUUGAUAUAUUGUUUUUUUCCAUAUCAUUCAAUCUAUUCAGAGAUGAGAUUGAAGGUUCGAGGAAACAAUUUUGAGGUGAAAAUACGCUCAAUCUUUGUUUUACUCUCUCUUUUCUUUCUUAACUUCACGGGUUCCUUUUUCAUUUUGACUAUAUUAUUUUUCGCAUUGAUAUUUAUCAAUUACUCUGCCCAAAUAAUACAAAUUUUAUCGACAAUUAUUUAUUCCACAUCUGCAUCGAGAAAACGACGACUUUCGAUUGCAUAUUACGAUUUCUUUUCAAACUCACAGAAUAAGGAAGUUAUAAACCGAAAAUUAAGUUUAAGGCGACAAAUUUUGGUGUCGGCAAAUUAUGAAGCAGAACGAAAGUUACUCUUGGAAGAUGUGGCAAAAUUGGAGCGGUUCAUUUUACGAGAUUUUGUAGAAAUUUGGGCCAACGAGAUUAGCCCUGGAAAUAGAGACAUUCUGCAAUGGACAGAACAAGCUCUAGUCAGAGUCAGGUGUGACGUGGUCCAUAGACUGGUCGAAAUUCCUGCUCCCAAAUUAGUGGAUUUGGUUGUCCAGAUAUGCGCAGGGCAUCUGUCCACUUAUCGAGCCAUUUUCGAUCAACAGCACCGUAUCUGGUCUCAGUCCAGCAUCAGCCAGAUCUACUCCCUGUUCGAACCCCUUCACGUGGCCUGUUCCAAUGACGAGGCAGCCAAGAAGCACUUUGGGAAUCUUCUGGAUAUUAUUCUAAGCCAUGUUGGGAGGGAAAACACAGACGUGAGAGCAUUCUUGAAAAACGGCCCUGGUCAGAAAGUGUUGACCUCUAUUUUGACCCAGAGUCUGCUGACCUUGCUGACCUUUCUGUGUGACCCCGAUACUCUGAACCAGAUCAUCAUCCUCAUUCUUACUGCCAUCAUUGACAAAGAGGAAGAGGAUGCAAAAAGUGGAUGGAACGCAAGGGAUGUUGAUUCAACAAGUUCUCCGAACUCAUCAUCAAACCCAAACGGAACUCAAGUUUCUCAUCCCAAACUAACCCCAUCAACCUCUUUUUCUGCCAAUAACUUCUUCGAUUCUUAUUCGCCUAGUGAAGAAUUGGAACUCGUUCGAACUAUUGAACAGCAGCAGGUGAAUGGAGGUCAUUUGGGGUAUCCAGAUUCUGAUGUGAUGUCAUUGAAUCUCAAGUUUCGUAGAAGGCAAUCUAACCCGGUUGGCUGGAUGGUCGGAAAAGUCACAGACCGAAACAAGAACAGGUCCCUCAAAAAAGCGAACAGUUUGAAAGGAAAGCGAGACGAUCUGAUUGGUCAACGGCAGAUUGUAGAUGCAAGUGAAGCUGCAGAAGUUUCUGCUAAUAGAGCGUUAGGCAAGAAGUCAUCGGCUUUGUCGAGGUUCAAUUUACGAAAAAGGAGGCUGCAUUCGGAAGACAUCGGGAACGUGAACGUAAAUGCUGACCUUUUUAGACUGAGAUCAAUUAACGAUUGCACAGAUGAUGACGAAGAAACGAGUGGGAGUAGCGACGGAAUAUCUCGAAUGUCAUUGGUUAGUGAGGCUGCAGAAGCUCAACUCAAUCAGCCAAUCACAAUCGAGAAGUUGAAUCGACUUCCAAAUGUCCACGAAAAUGAAAGCGAACCUGACAUCUCUGAAAUUGGUUCACAAAGUCGAAAGAGCUCAGCUGCCGACAACUGCUUCUUCCUCGCGGAUGACACUCAGUAUGAUGACGAGGCAGAUGACGAGAUUUGUUCAGAGCCCAGCAACGAUGGAAAUUACAACUGCACUCGAGUUGGAUCUGUGGAAUACGUGAGUUUUGUUCAGAAUUCUCUCAGGAAUUUGGAAGGAACUGUGGUCUAUGGACUAUGUAUGCCCAAGGAACUAGGGAACUAG